AUGCAUGAUCUCGUCAAUGAUUUGGCUAUGACAGUUUCAUCUCCGUAUUGUAUUAGGUUGGACGAACAGAAGCCACAUGAAAGAGUACGUCAUUUGUCAUACAAUAUAGGGGAAUAUGACUCAUACGAUAAAUUUGACCAUUUGCAAGGGUUAAAAAGUCUACGAACAAUCCUACCAUUGCCAUUGCAUCCAAGGUUCUCGUCUUACAAUUAUGUGUCGAGGAAGUUAGUUUAUGAGUUGCUGCCACAGAUGAAACAGUUACAUGUGUUGUCUCUGUCAAACUACCAUAAUAUCACUGAGUUGCCCAACUCUAUUGGAAAUUUGAUAUACCUGCGAUACUUAAAUGUCUCUCACACUAGUAUUGAAAGGUUGCCUUCUGAAACAUGCAAGCUUUACAAUCUACAGACCUUAUUGUUGUCAUGUUGCUAUAGUCUCACUGAAUUACCGAAAGACAUGGGGAAAUUAGUGAAUUUACGGCACCUUGACAUCAGAGGCACUCGAUUGAAUGAAAUUCCUGUGCAAGUAUCCAAACUAGAAAAUCUACAAACCUUGUCGGACUUUGUUGUCAGCUCUGAGGACGUCGGGUUGAAGAUUGCAGAUAUUGGAAAAUAUUCCCAUCUACAGGGAAGCCUUUGCAUCUCAAAGCUUCAAAAUUUAACUGACCCAUCCCAUGCUUUUCAAACAAAACUGAUGAUGAAAAAACAAAUUGACGAGUUGCAACUACAAUGGUCUUACACUACAAGUUCACAAUUACAAAGUGUUGUAUUAGAACAGUUGCGUCCAUCAACAAAUUUGAAGAAUCUCACCAUCACUGGCUAUGGUGGAAACAACUUUCCAAGUUGGUUGGGUGGUUCUUUAUUUGGCAACAUGGUGUGUUUGAAGAUUUCACACUGUGAUAAUUGUCCAAGGUUGCCACCCUUGGGGCAAUUAGGUAAUCUUAGGAAGCUCUUUAUUGUCGAGAUGAAUUCAGUCAAGAGUAUUGGUAUUGAACUCUAUGGAAGUGAGUGGAAAGAAUGGAAGUUGACAGGAGGUACAUCUACAGAGUUUCCUCGUCUAACACGUCUGUCACUGCGAAAUUGUCCGAAACUCAAAGGAAACAUACCCCUUGGACAAUUAAGUAAUCUAAAAGAACUCCGUAUUGAAAGGAUGAAAUCAGUAAAGACACUUGGUAGUGAGUUCUAUGGAAGUAGUGAUUCUCCAUUGUUUCAACCAUUUCUCUCCUUGGAGACUCUACAGUUUUGGGGUAUGCAAGAGUGGGAGGAAUGGAAGCUAAUUGGAGGUACAUCUACAGAGUUUCCUAAUCUUGCACAUUUGUCACUAUAUGGAUGUCCGAAACUCAAGGGAAAUAUACCGGGAAACCUUCCUAGUCUUACAUUUUUGUCACUUAGCAACUGCCGCAAACUCAAAGGAAUGACAUCCAACAACCUCCCUUCCCUAAGAGAACUUCUGUUGCAUGAAUGUCCUCUAUUUAUGGAUUCAAGACAUUCGGAUGAUCAUAGCAAAAACAUAUUUACAAGCCCAUCAUCAGAUGUAUUCAACGACUUUGUGAUCGAUCUCAAUUAUCUUCGAAAGAUUACCUUAAAAGACAUUCCAUCUCUAACAUCCUUCCUGAUAGACAGUCUGCCAAAAACCUUACAAUCUCUCAUAAUAUGGAAUUGUGGUAAUUUGGAGUUCAUUCCUUAUGAAUUCUCUCACAGUUACAAAUCACUUGAGAAUUUGGAAAUAUCCGAUAUUGUAACUCAAUGA